UGGACGCUCAACCGACUGAGCCACCCAGGCGCCCCCCAAAAUACAUGUUUUUAAAGACUGCCUGCCAUCCUGGUUGCUUUCGUUUGCGUGUUCCCCUGUGUUAUGAACUCAAAGUGUCCUUCCUGCUCAGAGCUAGAGACAGCGAUCUACUGGGAUUUUCUGUUCAGUGUAGAAUAUGGAAUGCAGUUCUCUGUAGAUUCGUCUUCCUGAUUUUGUGCACUGUACUGGCUUGUCAAGAUCUUACUAAAUUCCAGGGUAUUAGUCAAGGUGUGUUAGAAAGAACCUGGAUAGAUGGCAGAACUUUAAUCUGGUCCUUUGUCAGAUGCUCAUUAUUUGCUUCAUCUUGAACAAGUUACUUAAUGUUUAGGCUUGAAUUUCCUCAGCUAUAAGUUGAGUUUUAAAGUAGAUGCUCCCUGAGGGCUUUCUGCUCUAAAUCCCAAUGUUCAAAGGCUAGAUGAUAGCUUAGGUCUCUUCUAGUUUUAAAAUCUUGUGAACCUAAGGUCAGGUCUCCAGUCUUCAUGACCAGAUGUUUUAGAGGUAACAAACACAUACUUUCUUAGCAUACACCGUGUGCCAGGGAUGUGCAAGGGCUACAGGGUGAAUGGGUAGACCCUGCCCUCAGAGAGCCAGACUCCUGCCAGAGGGUGAAGGCUACACUGGAGGUGUGCUGACAAAGAGGAUGGGGGGUGGGAGUGGCCAUUAUUAAGAAGUAAUUCUGCGUGAAGGGUCUGAUGGCUGGGUGGCAAGACGGAGUGUAAAGAAGGGGCGAUGCCUGUGCAAAGGUCCAGACGCUUGGUUUGUGGGGGAGUUACAGAUGGGUCAGUACUUAGACCUGUCGGCGGCCAGACAGAUCGUGAAGAGCUUUACAUGCCUGGUUUUGUCUGCUGAGUGCUGUCACAUCAGCUGAAGUGGGAUGGUGGGCUGGAGAGUGCUGUGGUUAAACACAUGAGCGUUAAUUCUGUAGUGGAUUUUAAAGUGGAAUUAGACAUGGGUGGCAUCAUGGUACGGUCACCUUUGGUAUUAUUUCAGUAAAGCAAGUGUUCAGCUUAUUGGAUCGGACCCCUGUCACUGUUGCAGGAAGCAGGACAGCGAGAGAAAUAGGCAGAAUUCUAUUACAGGGCCACAGAUGACCACAGAAAUGUAGUUUUGAUUAUACUUCCUUUAUUUUUUUCAGGUCCAACUUCUCAUCUCUGUAUCUCUGUUCUUCAUGUACUACAGGCUUUUUUCUGUAGUUAAGUCAGAAAGCCAUGUAGACUUGCCUGCCCUUUGAAGACAGACUUUUAAGACUUCUAGGAAGAUAGCUGCACUAUUGAAAGUUUUCAAAGAAUAUAAUCGCGUGUGUUGUAACAGAAAGAGAAAUGGAAGUAUUCCAGGAACUCCGUAAGCCCUCAGCACGUUUGGAGUGUGACCACUGCAGUUUCCGAGGCACAGAUUAUGAAAAUGUGCAAAUCCACAUGGGCACCAUCCAUCCAGAAUUUUGUGAUGAAAUGGAUGCUGGUGGGUUAGGUAAAAUGAUAUUUUACCAGAAAAGUGCAAAGCUAUUCCACUGCCAUAAAUGCUUCUUCACCAGCAAGAUGUACUCUAAUGUGUACUAUCACAUCACAUCCAAACACGCAGGCCCAGAGAAGUGGAAUGAGAAACCAAAAACUCAGCUAAGCAAAGAAGCAGAUCCUAGGAAGAGCCCUCCUCCUCCUGAACACCAGAAAAUACCCUCUAAUUCAGCAGAACUCCCAAAACCCAUACCUGCCCUUUCCAUAGAAACACAGAAACUUGGCCCAGUUUUGUCUCCAGAAUCCCCAAAACCUGCUCCUCUCUCUUCCCUGGAGCCUCAGAAGCCUGGCCCUGUUGUUUCUCCUGAGCCACAGAUACCUUCUCUUCCUUCUCCUGAGCCUGCAAAAUCUGCCUCUCUUUCUUCUCCUGAACUUCCGAAGUCAGUCCCUGUUGUUUCUGAAUCUCAGAAACCAGUCCCUCUUCCUUCUCCAGAACCACAGAAACUUACUCCUUUAUCUCCUGAGCCAGUAAAGGCCACUCUUCCUAAUCCCAAACCCCAGAAACACUCCCAUUUCCCAGAAACAUUGGGGCCACCUUCAGCCUCUUCUCCAGAGUCACCAGUUUUAGCUGCUUCCCCUGAACCUUGGGGUCCUUCCCCAACUGCGUCUCCGGAGUCUCGGAAGCCAGCCCGGACUGUCUCCCCUGAGCCAAGGAAGCCAUCCCCAUCGGAAUCUCCUGAACCUUGGAAGCCAUUCCCUGCUGCCUCCCCAGAGCCCAGGAGACCAGCCCCAGCUGUGUCACCAGGUUCUUGGAAGCCAGGGCCACCUGGGUCCCCAAGGUCUUGGAAAUCUAGUCCUUCAGCAUCAUCAGGACCUUGGAAGCCAGCUAAACCUGCUCCAGCUGUGUCUCCUGGUCCUUGGAAGCCAAUUCCUUCUGUUUCACCUGGACCAUGGAAACCAGCUCCCUCUGUGUCCCCCGCAUCUUGGAAGUCUUCAUCAGUCUCACCUGGUUCCUGGAAGUCUCCCCCCGCAUCUCCUGAGUCGUGGAAGUCUGGCCCACCAGAACUCCGAAAGACAACUCCCACCUUGUCACCUGAACAUUGGAAGACCAUUCCCUCAGUGUCCCCUGAGCUUCGUAAAGCAGGACCUCCCUUAUCUCCUGAGCUUCGUAAACCAGGCCCACCAUUGUCCCCAGAGAUCCGCAGUCCAGCGGGAUCUCCAGAGCUCAGAAAACCUUCAGGGUCUCCAGAGCUUUGGAAGCUAUCUCCGGAUCAGCGGAAAACUUCUCCUGCUUCACUUGAUUUUCCUGAGUCCCAGAAAAGUUCCCGUGGUGGUUCCCCUGAUCUCUGGAAGUCUUCCUUUUUUAUUGAGCCUCAGAAGCCUAUCUUCCCUGAGACCCGGAAACCUGGACCAUCUGAGUCCCCCAAAGCCACCUCUGAUGUCUGGAAGCCUGUUCUCUCUCUUGAUGCUGAACCUAGAAAACCUGCCCUGUUUUCUGAGCCCACCAAAACAGCCCCUCCUGCUUCUCCUGAACCAAGAAAACGUGCUCUUUUUCCAGAGCCCCGGAAACAUGCCCUUUUCUCGGAACUUCCCAAGACUGCUAUCUUCUCAGAAUCCCAGAAGGCAGUUGAGCUUGGUGAUGACCUACAGACAGAUGCCAUAGAUGACCAGAAGUGUGAUAUUUUGGUUCAGGAAGACCUACUAGCUACACCUAAGAAACUCUUAGAAGACACUUUAUUUCCUUCGUCAAAGAAGCUCAAGAAAGACAACCAAGAGAACUCAGAUGCUGAGCUUAGUAGCAGUGAGUAUAUAAAAGCAGAUUUAGAUGUGAUAGACAGCAAGGGCCAAGAAUCAAGUAGCGAUCAAGAGCAGGUUGAUGUGGAAUCUAUUGAUUUUAGUAAAGAGAACAAAAUGGACAUGACCAGUCCAGAGCAGUCCAAAAACGUAUUACAAUUUACUGAAGAAAAAGAGGCUUUUAUCUCUGAAGAAGAGAUUGCAAAAUAUAUGAAGCGUGGAAAAGGAAAGUAUUAUUGCAAAAUUUGUUGCUGUCGAGCUAUGAAAAAAGGUGCUGUUUUGCAUCAUUUGGUUAAUAAGCAUAAUGUUCACAGCCCUUACAAAUGUACAAUCUGUGGAAAGGCUUUCCUUUUGGAAUCUCUCCUUAAAAAUCAUGUAGCAGCCCAUGGGCAAAGUUUACUUAAAUGUCCACGUUGUAAUUUUGAAUCAAAUUUCCCAAGAGGCUUUAAGAAACAUUUAACUCAUUGUCAAAGCCGGCAUAAUGAAGAGGCAAAUAAAAAGCUAAUGGAAGCUCUUGAACAGCCACUGGAGGAGCAGCAAAUCUGAUUUUUACACUUGGCGUGGAUAUACGAUCUACAGAGUUGUUUGUUGAAACUGUAAAGCCUAGUUAAGUAGCAUAGUUGGAAUGGUAGAUGUUGAUGUGUAUAAUGUACCGUGUUUGUCUCGGUAGUGUUACAAAGGGUAAGCAUUUGGUCCUUUUUUUCAUGGCCUCUGUUUAUGUGGCUGUCUUAAGUUAAUAAAUUCGUAACUAUAUUCCAGGUGGAUUAAGAUUUCUCUAAUUUCUUUAAAUGUAUUUGAAUAAUAUGAAGAUGUAGGCGGUCCACUUAAUCCAGAGCAAGUUGUACUCGAUUUAAAACAUCUAAUAAAGUGUAUCUUUUUUUGUGAAACUGACUUCAGACAAUGGAAAUUAUUAGUUGGAAUGUUUAACAAUUAGGCAUGAAAUUUUUUCUCUCCUUAUUUUCAGAUCAUAAAAGUUAUUUUGAAGUUCCUAUUUGAUCAUAUAAAGUUAGAAUUUUGAGCAGUUCUAGAUGUUUAUUAGCUUUUACGUCAUGGAAAAUUGGAGUCUCAGGGUUGCUGAUUUUCUGCUAAAAGAAGAGGGGUCAAGUAAGUUUGAAAAUAUUUGCAGCCUUCUCCUCUAGGAGACUGGGAAAGAUGAGUGUGACUUAGACUUAGGUCUUGUCCUUAGAUGUUCCCUUUGGGUUCUUCCACACUGCACUGACCCCCCCUCCCCCCCCCCCCCCGCCCCUGCUCCAUUCUGGCUCUUUUCUUACCUGUGAGUUCACACCAAUAGAUGAUCCUUAACUGCCAAAUGUGUCAGAACUACACUUCUGCCCCUGGGCCUCAUGCGCCACCUAUUGGGAUUUCAGACCUGGUAAUGAGUAGGAACUGAAGAGUCUUCCAGAUUCACAGUAGAAAAUUUUAUAAGUAGACGUUUCUGUUUGAGAGUACGUCAAUUGUCUGUUUUCCACGGUUGUUACUGUAAAUACCUUGUAUUCGUGGGUUAUUUUGUUCCAAAAUAUUUUGUCAAAUGUGUAUCGACCAAAUUAAAAGCAAAGGCUUUCAUGUCAGCAGUA